AGCUGAUUUUCCUCGUGAAGAAAAACAGCCGUUGGAGCGUUUUCCUCCUCACUGUGCUCUACCUCCUUGUACUACCAGCAAGCGGCCAUAUGUAAUUUGACCCAAUUCAUUCAUUCAUUCACUUUUCCACGUUGUUUCCGUUAUCCUUCUUAGUUUUGGUGUUUUAGCAUAGAAAGCAGCAUUUUUCUGCUAAGCUCCGUGACUCUCUCCGACGUUCCUCGGUGUAUGCCUCGGUGAGUGUCCGUAGCAGGCUGGGUGGUGACAGCAUAAUGAUCGAGCGACCAGAGACUGCUGUUCCGAGCAUCGCUCAGCGGAACUUGGAGGGGUAUGUGGGCUUCGCCAAUCUCCCCAACCAGGUGUAUCGGAAGUCCGUCAAGAGAGGGUUCGAGUUUACAUUAAUGGUUGUCGGUGAGUCUGGUCUCGGUAAAUCCACUCUCAUCAACUCUCUGUUCCUGACUGACCUGUACUCCAAGGAUUACCCUGGACCGUCGCAGCGCAUAAAGAAGACUGUGCAGGUGAGCUCAGUUUGCUGUUGGAUUAGCUCGAUUCCAAAUCGCAGCUCACUUCAGCGUUUCAUCGUAGAGUUGGUUUUGCAGAUGUCAGCAGCAGUAGCUCAUUAAUCUUUUUCUGUUGUG